AUGGUACUACGCGCAAUCGGAAAUACGUCAUCAGCGUGACCUUGGUCUAGCUCUUCCCAUUUGCUUUUCUAACUUGCGGAUAGAACAGCAUGGCGAACCAAGAGCCCGGUGGUUUUCUGCAGCAGCUGCGGCAGAUCGCAGGCAGGAUGUCCUCGGGACCCCGGGGUGCAGGAACAGGCCUCAAACUGCUGCUUGGAGCUGGAGCUCUGGCUUAUGGAUUGAAGGAGGCCACGUACACAGUCGAGGGAGGCCACCGAGCCGUCAUCUUCAACCGGAUCGGGGGCAUGGAGAUGAACACGGUGCUCUCUGAGGGACUCCACUUCAGGCUACCCUGGUUCCAGUACCCCAUCAUCUACGACAUCCGAGCCCGACCCAGAAAGAUCUCAUCCCUCACUGGGAGCAAAGACCUACAGAUGGUCAACGUGACGUUGCGGGUUCUGUCCCGGCCGCUGGCGUCCAACCUUCCCAUCCUCUACCAGCAUCUGGGGAUGGACUACGAUGAGCGUGUCCUUCCCUCUAUCGUCAACGAGGUGCUGAAGAGUGUGGUGGCCAAGUUCAACGCCUCACAACUCAUCACACAGAGAGCUCAGGUGUCCCUGCUGAUCCGUAGGGAGCUGUUCGAGCGAGCAAAAGACUUCAACAUCAUCCUGGAUGACGUUGCCAUCACCGAGCUCAGCUUCAGCCGAGAGUACACGGCCGCCGUGGAGGCCAAACAAGUCGCCCAGCAGGAGGCGCAGCGAGCCCAGUUUUAUGUGGAGAAGGCCAAACAGGAGCAGAGGCAGAAGAUCAUCCAGGCUGAAGGAGAAGCUCAGGCUGCUAAAAUGCUGGGUGAGGCGGUGACGAAGAACCCAGGUUACCUGAAACUCAGAAAGAUCCGGGCAGCGCAGAACAUCGCCAAGACGAUGUCACAGUCCCAGAACAAAGUGUACCUGAACGCCGACAGCCUGGUGCUCAACCUGCAGGACAAGGACAACUUCAAUUUGCUGUUGUCUAAGAAGUAAAGUCGUUUCCUCCCAUCAUUCCUUUCAUUUCUUCUCACGCCGCCUCUCCAUCGGUCCCGUUUGGCCCAGCAGGACCGGUUCUGCUGCCCACAGAGAGUCCAGUUAAUUGAGUAAACAUGGUCGCCUCCUGCUCGAAGACCAAGUUCCUCUCUGCUUCUGGGAGGAACUUCCUCUUCAAACCAGGAAGAGGAACAAAGUAGAAAGACUUUAAUCACAUUUCCGUCAUUGUUCCAGAUGUUCUGAUUGGUUAAUUAAAGCAAACGGGAAGUGCUGCAGCCGAUCUGGCUCAUUACCGGGGAAAACAAAGGAAUUCGGUGUAAAAGUCAGAUCAGAAAUUCCAGCUUAACCUAAAAAUCAGAACAAGUGAGUUCUGGUGUCAGAACCAGGAAACGGUUUGAGUCUGAAGCAGCUUCUGUUGGUCUGGGCCAGAACCAGGAAGUUCUGUCGUAAAAGCACUAACUAAUAACACCACUGGUAGCUGGAGGCUCGUUGUUUCAGUUGAUUUCUGUGUUGGUUCGAUAAAACCAGGAACACCUGGAAACACCUGGAGGAAGGCUUUGACCCAAACACACCUUAGGCUUGAGAAACGAGCAGGUAAAAUCAGAAAGACUUUGACCUUUGAAUGAAUAAACUAAUUCAUCUGUGAA